GCCAGCCCCCGACGCCGAGGAGGCGCGCACGGUGCGCGAGGCGCUAGGCCGCUACGAGGCGGCGCUGGAGGGCGCGGUUCGCGCACUGCACGAGGACAUGCAGGGGCUGCAGCGCGGCAUGGAGCAGCGCGUGGCCGAGGCGCUGCGCCUGGCCGGGCCGCUGGCGCGCACGGUGGCCGAGCUGCAGCGCGACAGCCAGCGGCUGCAGAGGCAACUCGAGCGCUUGACGCGCCAGGUGGAGGCGCUGGGCUUGGCGACCGGGCUGACCCCCGCGCCCGGCACGCCCAGCCCUCCGCCCGCCCCAGGAGUCCCAGACCGUGCGCCCCGCCUGGGCACCGCGCGCUUCGCCAGCCACGCCACCUUCUCGCUGUCCGGCCGCGGCCAGAGUGUGGAUCACCAUGACGAAGCCAGCGAGGCGGAGAUGAGGAGAACCUCAAACUCGUACAUCGUGGAGAACGGGCACCAGCCUGGGGCAGGGAAAGUUGGAGCAGGCAUCACCUCUGGUUGGAGCAGUGAGACUUCCCCAGUAGGGGGAGAUGAGGGAGGCAGGAGUGGUCAGGGAGGCCUUCCUGGAGGAGGUCUGGGUGAUGGGCCCCCUGAAGCCGCCCAAACCAUCCCAACACCAGAGCCCCUCAAGCCUCGCCCUGUGAGUCUCUCCUUGCAGCAGCCUCACCAGCCAGUCACAGCCAUCACACGAGUCUCUGAGAAGUUCUCUGGGGAGACCUCAGCCACAGCUCUCUCGCCCACGUCUGCUGCCAUCCUGGGGGGCCUCAGCUCAAGCCCCAGCGAGGCCACCACAUCCUGGACUCCCAGUCCCAGUGAGAAGAAUUCUUCCUUCCCACGGUCUUUGUCCAGCUCUGGCUAUGGGGGGGUGACGGCCAGCAGGAAUGAUAACAGCCCACAUCGGGUGACGCCACCCCAGUCGCCCCCCUCCCUGCAGUCACCAGCCACGACUCAGGCCCAUCGGCAGGGGGAGCAUCGCCGGGAGCUGGUGCGGUCACAGACGCUGCCCCGCACCUCGGGGGCACAGGCCCGGAAGGCAUUGUUUGAGAAAUGGGAGCAGGACACAGGAGCCGGCAAGGGGAAGGGCGAGACCCGGGCAAAGCUGAAGCGCUCACAGAGCUUCGGAGUGGCCAGUGCCAGCAGCAUCAAGCAGAUUCUGCUCGAAUGGUGUCGCAGCAAGACCAUCGGCUACCAGCACGUGGACCUGCAGAACUUCUCCUCCAGCUGGAGUGACGGGAUGGCCUUCUGCGCCCUGGUGCACUCCUUCUUCCCCGACGCCUUUGACUACAGCGUCCUGAGCCCCACGCAGCGGCGGCAGAACUUCGAGCUGGCCUUCACCAUGGCCGAGAAUCUGGCCAACUGUGAGCGCCUCAUUGAGGUGGAAGACAUGAUGGUGAUGGGCCGCUAAGCCAGACCCCAUGUGUGUCUUCACUUACGUCCAGUCGCUGUACAACCACCUGCGCCGCUUUGAAUGAAGCCCCUUUGGGGCUGGAGAGCCGACCCCUGGAGGAGAUGGUGGGGCCGCCUGUGUUCCCAAGUCAGGACGCCCCCCCCCCGGAAGAGUUGCAUUCUGGUGUGAGAGCGCCGUUUGUUCUGUGCCACGUGACCGCGCUCCCCCACCUGCCCAGCUGCGUUACCGAUGGGAGGUACCACUCAGCUGCGCUCGGACUGCAGCCAUCGCAGCUCGAAGGAAAAGGAAGUAUUACCAGAGAAAGAGAGAGAAAUUGGUGCUAAGUCAUUCUCUUCCUUAAAAAAAUGCUUGCCUGUAGGUUCUGGAAGGUUGAAUCGCAGUGUUCCCUCUGCUGAACUAGAUCCAUUGGCUUCACAGGGUUGCGCUGAUUACCGAGUGUUUUUUUUUUUUUAUCAAAAUACCCAGAGUUUUCUACUUCCUCACACUAUUGUAGGUUCUCUUCCUCCCUCCCUCUGGGCCACUGCCAGGAAACAGACGUUUAAUCAGCAACUUGACAAAGACCGAAGUCUUGGGAAGAAGCCGUUUAAUCACUCCCAGGUCCUGGGCAACAGAUGACCUUUGAGUCACCUCGGCUCUCUGGGGAGAUGGAAAGGCUCUCUCCUGGUCCCAGAGCGGUCCUGUCCUUCCCAGGAGGCCCCACAAGUGUUUGGCUAAGAAUAGGCUCUCGGGAAGUUAACACUUCUAGGGAAGGACGGACAGGCCUUUGGUGCUGCAAGGUGGUUUCUCUCCACAGCUUUUUUAGGAGUUUUGCUGCAGAUAUUUAUAAAAAGUAACGCCAUCUGUACCCACUGACCGUUUGUACAUAAAAAGACGUGUCUCACUU